AUGGCCGACAAACAAAGUGAUUCAGGAAGUGACUCUGACAGCACAGAUGAACCGGUUGUUGGGAAUGUGAACAAGUUUGCUGUUGUCCCUCCAUGUUAUUCUGGCAAACCCAAGAGAGGCCAUGUAAUUUUUGAUGCAUGUUUUGAGAGUGGUAACCUGGGCCGGGUGGAUUACAUCACAGACACAGAGUAUGACCUGUUUAUCCGACCGGACACCUGCAAUCCAAGGUUUAGAGUGUGGUUUAAUUUCACAGUGGAGAAUGUCCGGAUGGACCAGAGGGUGAUCUUCAAUAUAGUCAACUUCAGCAAGACAAAAUCUCUGUACAGAGAUGGCAUGACUCCAAUGGUGAAGUCCACAAGCAGACCUAAAUGGGUUCGGAUACCAGCCAAAUAUGUUUACUACUACCGCUGCCCCGACCACGGCAAGAACUAUGUAAUGUCGUUUGCCUUUAUAUUUGACCGUGAGGACGAUGUCUAUCAGUUUGCCUAUUGUUACCCAUACUCUUACACAAAGUUGCAGACUUAUCUUGACAAUCUGGAGAAACGCAAUUACGACUUUUUCACACGAGAGCUGCUGUCUUUGUCUGUGCAACAGCGGAGGCUUGAUCUUUUAACAAUUGCCAGUCCAGAUCUGCGUGCUACAGACAGUGAGAAACUCAAGACUGUUCUCAUCACAGCAAGGGUACAUCCCGGAGAGACUCCUUCCUCCUUUGUUUGCCAAGGUGUCAUAGAUUUUCUAGUCAGCUCUCACCCCAUCGCUAAAAUGCUUCGGGACCAUCUUGUCUUCAAAAUUGUUCCCAUGCUCAACCCAGACGGAGUCUACCUUGGUAACUACAGAUGUUCCUUGAUGGGCUUUGACUUGAACCGCCAUUGGCAGGAGCCGUCUCCCUGGGCACACCCCACACUCUACGCUACCAAAAACCUGCUAAUGGAGCUUGACCGCAACCAGAAACAUGACAUGGACUUCUACAUUGACCUGCAUGCCCACUCCACCCUGAUGAAUGGGUUUAUGUAUGGCAACAUCUAUGAUGACAUGGACAGGUACGAGAAGCAGUCAGUGUUCCCUAAGCUGCUCUGUGCUAAUGCUGAAGACUUCUCCCUGUCCAACACCAAUUUCAACCGGGAUGCUGUCAAGGCAGGCACAGGUCGCAG